UGCGUUUUUUCAAAAAAGUAGACUGUGCAUGAGCCGCUAUCGGGUUCUGUGGCGUCUUUGAUACCCACGGUCGGGUUGCGAUUUCUGGGGACGCCUGUAUCUCUUCCUACUCUCUGGAAGUUUCAAUCUAACAAGAUGAUUAUGAACUUGAAAAGCGUACUCCUCUUCAGCCUGGUGGCUUUGUCCCUGGCCGAACCCAUCCCCCGAUCCGAAAGAGACGCACUCGAGACCCGGGCAAAAAAGAAGGGCGUCACUGACGUUAUCUGCCCCGAUGGCAAACGCUUGGCACAGUCGGAUGUUGGGUCGGCACUUUGCGCAGCCAGGGCAGCUGCCGACGAGAGCGUUGGUUAUCCUGGUCUUACUUGGUGGUACCCCCACUAUUUCGGCAACCAGCCGCCCAUCUUUGGUGCAUCAGUCGAGCUGAGAAGCUUCCCCAUCGUCAAAGGAACAACUUUCACCGGUAAGGACUGUGAUUUGGGGUCACCUGCGGAUAGAAGUACAACUGAUGACCCGUAACUCGUAAUAGGUGCCACUGGUACCCCUCGCGCCGGUGUCUACCGCGUUGUAUAUAAAGCCGGAGGCUCG